AUGCCCUCCUCCCGGCAACAACAUCCCCACCAUGGCUUCCCCCAGCAACCCGUCCAGCCUGGCCCUGCCUACAACGAAGACACUUUCCUCCCGCUCACCAACCAAGAUGUCGAGGUCCUAUACACCAUCGUCACCACGGCCCAGCGCCUGCAUCGCUCCUCCGCCACAGCGUUGCCGCCAUACCGCGCCCUCUUCACCGCCUACGACCAUGUCCUGGCCGACCGCCGCAUCGACCCGAACCAGGACCGCGUGUACUUCCGCUUCCUGCUGCGCAUGCGCGGCGUCGACGCCAGCACCGUCGCCGCCAGCGACGCCGACGAUGGAACGCGCACGCUGUAUGGCCGGUUCGAGAUGCUGUUGGCGGAGAUGGGCAUACAGCUGGAGGUGGAUGAGGGAGGCCCAUCGGGCCUCGUGGUGGAAGACGAGGCCGUCGUCGACGACGACGACUACGACGACUUGUAUGGAGGAGCCGAGGACGGCGCAGCCGCCGCUGUCGGAACGCCCACCCUCCCGCCGCUGUCUCGGCGCGCGAGCUUCGAUGAUACGACCUUUCAUCGGAGUAGGCGGUGGGACGACGAUGCGGAUGAUGAGGAGGAGGACGAUGCGGCGCCGAGGAGCAGACGGUCUAGAAGCAGGGCGUCGGAUGUCGUGUCGUCGCUCUCUAGGCCGAGGCGCCCCAGUAGCAGGGUGUCUGAUACCGCGGCCUUCUCGCGGCGUCGACGUUCGAGCGAUCGAACCGGCCCUGGUGCUGGUGCCGUCGGUGCCGCUGGUGCGGCGCGAUCAGCCAUGCAUUCGGGAUUUCCGCACCGAGGGAGGAAGCUGAGCUCGAGGAACCUCGCGCAAGCGGUGGAGCAUGCGCGACGGAUCAGUCGACAGGGACGUGAAAGGACUCGAUCGCAGUCGAGCCAAGGGAGCCUUCGGAUUACGAGGACGGAGGAAAUCCAAAGGCCUGUGCGCGAGCCCGGGUUCUACGACGUGGACGACUUGAGCACGGUGCCGUCCCGACGCUCGUCCAUUUCUGGUCCAGUUCCGGAUGGACAGCACUUUGUCCCGCCCGAGAUGCUCUAUAGACCGUCGCCGACGCAGAUGCUGGCGGACGCGGACACGUUCCUGUACGCGAGGACGCUGUUUGCUGCGCGGCGAGCGUUGCACACGUGGCGUGACCAGGCCAUGGCCCUGCGCGAGCGGGGCGCGCAGAUGGAAGAAGAGGCCGAUCUCUUCAACAAGAAAAAACGCGCCGAAGCUGCAUUCGAGUCUUUGAGCGUCACCGUAAAGGCACGGCGAGUCGAACGCGAAACGGAGCGGUUCUACGAGCACAACUAUUUGCGGGUCGUACAUACCUUCGAACUGAACCUCAAAUGGCGAACAUUGUCCCAUUGGUACAAGAAUACGGAGAGAGCCAUUCGGUUGACUAAUCGAGCUCGUGCGCUCCUGCUCAGGAAGAAGCUGUGGAACGCUUGGUACGAACAGACCGUGAUCGAGCAGGAGAAAGUACGUCGAUUCAAGCUCAAGAAGUACUUCAAAACAUGGCGGGACAGGUACGACACUAUCAAGGUAAAUGAAGAGAUGGCCGAGACCGAGCACGCGACGCAUGUCAUUCAGAACACUUUGAUGGCUUGUUUCCGGGAGUUUGCAGCGCGGAAGGCUUCUAAGAUGUAUGAUGACAGACUUCUGCGAAGGGUGUGGGCGAUUCUGGCCGAUAAAGUGUCAUUCGUCACAGAAAGGCAAGCUGCCGUUGACCUGAUGGUCCAGCGGGACAUCAAGAGCAGGGUGUUCCAUCUCAUCGCGAACAAGAUGCUCAACCUUCAAUCCAUGGAUCCCAUCGCGCAGGAUUUCCGAGAGCAGAAUCUCCUUGCUCGAGCUUUCGGCAGCGUCAAAAGGCAAGCGCAGCUUCAGCCGCUGGAGAGACAAUUGACGCAGUGGGUCAUGCAGUCUCGCGUACGGAAGGCUUUUGCCGUUUGGCAUGUGCGUGCCGACCAAUCUGUAAUAGCUACGAGGCUCGACCGGAGACGUAUCCUGGGCAACGCUUUUACUGCGUGGAACGACAACACGCGCUGCUCUGCGCUGAGAGCACGUGUUGAUAGUCGUGUCCUACUUGAAUCGCUUCGCAAGUGGCUACUCGAGGCUCGAGCCUCUCUAUUCAUCCGAGUCCGGAAGGCCAGAAAAAGAGAGCGCGUUUUCCGACAAUGGACGGAGAUGGUUGAAGAUCAAGCGUCGCGCCUCACACGUGCGGAGCGCAUGUUGAUUGCCUCUCAAGACGCCCGACUGAAGCGGAAAACUUUAGGCCAUCUUCGCGAUGUUCUUGAGGACCGAAGGCAGCACGAAGCUCAGGCCUUGGCACACUAUGAGCCUUCUCUCAUAAAGAAGAUAUGGCCGAAGUUGGUGGAGCGGCACGAGCAUCUCCAGCAACUCGACCGGUGGGGAUCGGAUGCGCAGUUCUACACCGUUUCCACCCAUGUCUUGAGGAGAUGGAAAGAGAACACACACCAAGCCCAGAAGAUACGGAGACGUGAGGCUUAUGCCACUAUCAGACGUCGUACCAAGCUGUCCAUGGCAAGACGUGCAUUCGAGAAAUGGCGUGGCAAGACCUUGGCUAUCGAGUUUAUGGAGCGCCAGGCACAAGAACUGCAGGAAAAUGCCAUCCUGCGGACCGCGACACGACAGCUGAAUCAUUGGCAUGAGAGGACGGUAUCCGUCACUCUGAGCGUGGUGACUGCGGAGAACUUCCGUGAUCGGGCGGCUGGCACGCGUACUAUGAACACCUGGCGUUCCAGGCUCCAGGAAAUCUCCAGACAUGAGGAGAAGGCCACGACGUUCAUGAGAGUGCACGUUGAAGUCGAGGCGAGCGCGUGUCUGAAGAAACUCAACUGGCGCCUUUUCCAGGUACAGCGGCAAAGCCAAUCGGGCUAUGCGUUGGCCGAGCGGAACCUCGAGAAACACAUGAAGCAAAUGCUGCGGACUUGGAUAGAGCGGAUGCAUCACAACAGAGACCUUCGAGCCCAGGCCGCGCCCAUCUUUGAGGACAGAGAGGACCAGGCGGUCACGCUCGACCGGCGGAGCGAGGAGAUGUUGGAUCUCACCGGCGAGAGGGAGGCGGAUCCCGAUGCCGUCAUCGCUCGGAACCAGCGUUGGACUCCAUUUGACGUCGGCGAUCUCAGGCUCAGCCUCAACUUUGACUCCAACCGUCCAGAACUCGAACCAAGACUACCAAACCGCACGUCGUCUCCCGAGAAGCGGAACCCGCUCGCCAGGACCAUCAGGAACUCCGACACUGCCUUCGCAUCUACCCCCUUACCCGCGUAUCUGCGCUCGCCCUCCAAACGCAGCACCGUCAAGGCAAGGCUAGCAGCUCUCUCGCUCAGCACGACCAACGAGAACCGACCCCCUCACCCACUAUCCCAAGCUGCCGCCGCCGCUACCACCCCCGCGCCCGCCCGCGGCGUCCCAUCUUUCACCUCCUCCGCCGCCGCGUACCCCUCCACCACCGCGCCAUCCUAUUCCAACUCAACCUUCGCACUCAACACCCACACCGGCAGCACGACGCCCAUGGUGGCCCCGGCCGGCUUCGGCACCUUCGGCCCCUUCGGCGGCAGCAGAGCUGGCCCCCCAGGAACCGCGCCGCCAGCCAUGAGGAGGACAUCGAAGGCGGCGGCGGCGGCGGCGGCAUCCGACGUCAACGACGACGACGGUGACGACGACGAUGCCAACACCGACGACAACGCCGACGCCACCACCGUCCCCCCGCCAACGACCAACGACGGAGCCGGCAACAACAACAACAACAACAACAACAACAACAACAACAACAACAACAGCGGCACAAAGCACAACUUCGGCGCCAGCACCAUGAUCGCAGCCACGCCGGCGCCAGCUACGGCUACGGCUACGGCCACGAACCCGAUGACCACCGCCAGCAGCAGACCGACGGCCAUCACGCCUUUUGCGAGGAAGUUGACGGCGCAGGGGUACCAUGCCGGCACGACCCCGGCGACGGGGAGAGACGAGGGCGUGAGGGGUCGGGGCAGGGCGGGCGGCAGGGCGGCGGAAAGAGGUGGUGCCGCCGGUGCCGGUGCCGCGUAUGGUGGCGUGGUGGGGUUGGGGCUGGCGUCGUCGGGGUUCGGGCUCGGCGGGUUCGGCGGGUUCGAGGACAUCGAGGAGGAUGAUCGGAGUCCUCGGGUGGUGGGGGAGGAGGAGGAGCGGCAAAGUAGGGAGAGUUCGCCGUGA